AUGCAGCUCCUCACUUCGACAUUGGCAACCUCUGCGGUUCUGGCCGGUAGUGCGCUGGCCGCGAAUUUCACCGGCGACGUCCUCAAUGGCGUGCCUGUCAUUCGUGAUUUGAACCUAGCGGACGUCCCGGCGCAGACCGUGUCGAGGUAUUAUUUGCGGGUUGGCGAACUCAAUGGCGGACACCCUGUGCACAUACCCGUGAUGGUUGCGCGUGGGACGCCGGAGAGUCUCGAGACGGGCAAGAAAUUGUCGCUGUCGGCUGCGAUUCAUGGGGAUGAGUUGAAUCCUGUUAGGGUCGUUCAGCGCAUCUUCGAGCAAUUGCAGGACCAGGUUGCGACGCUCAAUGGCACAGUCAUUGGCCUCCCAACUGUCAACCCCAUGGGAAUCUACCUCAAUCAGCGCAACUACUUCACUUCCGGUGCCAGCGGUUCUCUCACAAACGUAAACCGCGUCUUCCCGGGUACCGCAGCGACCGACGGUGGUAGCGGUCCCCGACUUCUCGCAUACAACAUUUGGAACUACGUGUGGGGCAACACCUCCCAGGUGGACGUUGGCAUCGAUCUCCACACGCCCAGCACAGGAAGCGAAACUUCGCUCUGGUGCUACUCCGACUGGCGUCUUCCCUACGUCGAGCGACUCUCCAAGCUGCUCCAGCCCGACACGCUCAAGAUCGAUCCCGGCGAGCCCGGCAGCAUCGAAACCACCUUCAUCGACUACAAGGUCCCCUCCCUCACUGUCGAAAUGGGCCAGGCCAAGGUCUGGAACAACCGUCUUAUUGACCGCACCGUCGACUUUGUCAACCGCGUGCUCGUCGAUCUCAGCAUGAUCCCUUCAAAUACGACUGUCGAGCCUGAUCUGACCAAUGUAUACAUCGCAAACACUUUCCACGACACCUGGUCGCAAUAUGGCGGCUUUGUGGAGAGAUUAGUCGAGGUCGACGAGCCGGUGACCAAAGGCCAAGCGAUUGCCCAUGUGCGCAAUCCAUUCGGGGACAUCUUGGAGACAUUGUACUCGCCAGUCGAUGGACGUAUGUUUUCGAGCCCACGCGACCCUUCGAUUGAGCCGGGCGGCAGUGUCGGACAAAUUGCGUACAACAGCACUGACCCGGAGUGUGCUGACGGAUGCAUUCUUUCGGGACCUUCGAGGAGAUAG